AAAAUAAGUCAUUUGACAACGCUAGUUAGCGAUAUGAGAGGACUAUGGCUUCCUCCUUGAUUAAAUGGUUAAGAGGAUUAUAUGUUUAUUUCUUAACAUGUCUUCUCUCCGUCUCUGCGUUUUUGAAUCUAGAAGAAUUGAAUGAAAUGAAAUAUGGAAUACAGAUUUUGUCCGACCCCGUUAUUAUGGGACAGAUGGAAGAUGUGAUGUUGGUUUCUAACAAAUACAAGCAGCUGUAUGAGUGUCGUCUGCCAGCGCAGGCAGUGCGCUUUCAUCAGGACCCGGUGUCAGAGUCUGACGUGCAGGGCUACAGUGGCCCGGGAGUCCCUGAGCUCCUCAAGCCCAUGCAGACUGCACCCUGUCUUGUUAAGACCAAAGAUUGGUGGACUUAUGAAUUUUGCUAUGGGAAGCACGUCAGGCAAUACCACUUAGAAGAUUCGGAGAUCAAAGGAGAUGUGCUUUUUUUGGGAUAUUAUCAUUCAGAAUUUGACUGGACUAAUGAAACGGCCAAGGCAUCUAAGCACCAUAAACUGAAGAGGUACCACAGUCAGUCAUAUGUCAACGGCUCUAAAUGUGACCUGAAUGGCAACCCCAGAGAGACAGAAGUUCGAUUCCUGUGCGAGGAGGGCUCUAGUGAUUUUAUUGCACGGGUGGACGAACCACAGUCCUGUCGAUACGUUCUGACAGUGCACACUUCACGUACAUGCCAGCACCCCCAAUUACGUCCACCAUCCACUGCCAAGCCACAGGGCAUUGUGUGCCAACCUGCACUCAGCGCCCAGCAGUACAUGGACUACGUCAAGGCCCAAGUCUCUGACACGAAACGUAAAGUGGAGCAAAUCUCAGAGGAGCUUAGGAACCUGGAUGAAAUUCUGUCAAAGGAUGAAAAGAAUAAGGGAUUGCAGGACGACAAAACAGAUGAGGAGUUGGCAGUUCAUUCGGAUGAACCUCCGGUUUCAGGCUCGGAGACCAAAGAAUCUGAAGUAGGUGACAGGGACUCAGUAAGUGAAGAACCAGAAGACAAGGAUUUCUGGGAGGGAGUUACCAAACCACCCAGCACAAAGUCAAGCACAUCAGAUUCAGAGACCCAUCAGGAGACUCAGGAAAGCCCGCUGCAUGAUAAUGACUUAUUUGGGGAGGAAAAGUUUAAUUUUAAAAUCAUCACGGACCCAGCAGACCUGAUGAAGUUUGUACAACACCUUAAAGAAAGCAACCAAAAGAAUAGGAAAGCUGAACUGGAAAAAGAGAGCCAGCAAUCAUCUCAGAGCGGACAGGAGGAGGGAAAAAAACAGACGACAGCAGAAAAGGAGGUGGAGGAAGAGGAAGGAGACGAAGAUGAAAGAUUGCUGCAGGAGUUUGAGGAAGAGAUGGCUGAUGUCACCGUUCCCUCCGCCAAGAUAGAAGAGAUUAAAGAGGAGAUGCAGAAAGAGUUUGACAACAUCAUAGAGGAAGCCCAGCAAGAGUUGGAGAAUGAAGGUCUUAAGGGGGAGUUUGAUCGCUCACAGGCUACACAAACUCUUGAGAACACAUUGGGGAAGCUUCUGGACCGUCUGGAGGACAAAAACGAGGUUGAAACAGAAAAAAACACAGACCUGCAUGAAAACACACAGUCUUCGCAUGCAAAAGAGAAAGACUCUUCACCCGGCAACCCAAAUCUGGUUCCCAAAACACCAGCUGAAGCGGGCAACAGUGGUGAGGUAAAAGUCAGGGUGACUAAGUAUAAUGUGGGCGGAGGUGUGGCUGCAGGAGCAGUUACCGGGGGCAAUGAUGAUGAUGAGGGGGGUGUGAAGGUGAAGGAACUGGGCGAGGGCGACCCCCAGUGGCAUCAGAUUCAGGAAGUGGUCAGAGAGCAGCUAGAAAGAGCCGGCAUCAAGGCCGAAGGCAAGAUUGAGGUGAAGAUUUUAAGACAUAAGACAGCGGAGGAACCAGAAGAUCAAUGGCUUACAGAGGAGGAUACAAAAUCAUUUAGAGAGCUUCUCAUCAAUCUUCUGACUGGAGGCACAGAGGAAGUAUAUAAAGAACAGAAGAGGCAACAAGAAUUAGAAAAUAACUACAGAUUUGUGUGGGGGGAAAAACAGGACGAGAGCCAGUCGAAAGGAAACAGCGAUUCUGAUGAAGCAGAUUUCUGAGGCCUCUUCUUUCCAAUUCUUUGGACAUUGAAAUAGACUUGAAACAAGCAGCUGUCUGUGUGCUAGUUUAGUUCAUCAUCAACGAUUCAUGUGGCAUCACAACUAACCUGCUCCUCUGGAUUGUUUCAAUCAUGUGAAACUUUUGAUAAGUUCAGCCCACUGCCGUGAUGUCCCUCCUGCUUUCAAUUUUUUCGAACAAAUAUACAAAUCACUUUCA